UGACUUGUAAAAAUCAUCAACAAACAACAACGAAACGAACAUCUGAUUUGUUUUCAGCGAGUAGUAUUAUUGUUAUUAUUUCCUUUUAGAAUUUUUGUUUGUCGCCGUAUAAUUUCAUAAAUUCGACCUGUGAUUCUAAAAUUUGAAAGAUUGUCAGCCGUCCAUACAAUAACAUCGAUGUUCAUGAAGAAUUUAUAGCAAUACCCAUAAUGGUGCUAAGGAAACACAUCUGCGACUUGGUUGGACUCCGCUGUGUGAAACCUAUGUGAUAUAAAUGUGGCUCAGCAACCUGAGUCUUUUCUUUGGCAUCUACGCCUAUUAAAUUGCAGCCAUGGUGGUGGUGCUGAACGGCGUCCUCGCAGAUGAGUGCCCGACCACAGUCCGCGCGCUGCUGGCGGCCCACCCCGGGUACAGAGACGCGGCCGCGCAGCUGCUGGGCGCGGCGGCGCGCGUGGUGGGCCCGCAGGGGCUGCUGUAUGUGGGCCAGCGAGAACUCGCGGCCGUGGUGCCUCAUGACAAAAAUGUUAACAUCAUAGGAUCAGAUGACGCGACGUCAUGUAUUAUAGUCAUCGUUAGGCAUUCAGGGUCCGGUGCCGUAGCCUUAGCACAUUUGGAUGGGUCGGGCACGGCAGAGGCGGCGAGCACCAUGGUGUCCAGAGUGCAGCAGCUCGCCGUGGGCUACCCCGAGGGGAGGCUGGAGCUGCAGCUAGUUGGCGGGUUCACUGACCCCCAUAGGUAUUCCGACGAGCUCUUUGCUAGCAUCAUGUUGUCGUUCCACCGGCUGAGCGUGGAGAUCGACCUGACGCUGGCGUGCUGCUGCGAGCUGAACACGGCGCUGGAAGGCGGCGCGGCGUCGCCGCUGACGGCGGGCGCGGCGCUGGACGUGCGCUCGGGCGAGCUGUUCCCGGCCGCGUUCCCCGACAAGGGCCCGGAGCUGGCGCUGCGCGGCGCGCGCAUGAUCACCGGCGGGCCGCACUCCGCGCAGGUGUUGGAUAUCUACGACAACGCAGUGGGAAUGCUGCGCAUCGGGCCCUUCAACUACGAUCCGCUGCGGGGAGUCGACUUGUGGCUGGAGCAGUCGGACGACUUCAUCCUGCAGCACCUCAGCACCACGCCCAACGUCGAGCCGCCGCACUUUGUGCAUAACAUCCGCUUAACGCUGAAGUUCAUCCAGCAGCACCCGUUCCCGGCCGUGACGGUGUUCCCGGACAACCGGCCGCACUACUACCGCCGCGACGACCACGCCGGCUGCUGGCUGCCCGUGCGCUUCUAACGUCCAAUACCAGCCCUUUAUUGUCAUUGCUCACUGGCCGCUAAUUUAAAAAAAGUUACGUCUUGUUCCAAUUUUGAACUUUUUUUUAUCUGGCUGGAAAUGUAUUGAUGCUACAUUUUUUAUAUUGUUCUAUCAAUUUGUGGUGAAACGAGCCAUUGCCAU